AUGGGCCUAUCGCCUCGUAUUUCCGCUCAGAUUCACGAGUACCUUGCCGACAUAUCAGCGAGACGUAGCCUGAGUAUUUCAUCUGAAGAAAGCACGCUUCUGUACCGGCCGACAUUGCCAAAUGAAAUUCGAGUGUUCGAGCUUUCACCUGGCGUUGGGAGUGAUCCCUUGCAAGGUCGUUUACGGCACAUCGAUAUAGGGUUCAAGCGUAAUAUGAAUCAAGCGCCACUAGAUCAGACCAGCAAGCGCGGGUACACGACACACAUUCCCAUCAAUUUCUCGGUCGAGACAAGCGAGCGUGUUCCGUACACCGCAUUGAGCUACUACUGGGGUGAUGCGGGUCCGGCCCAUGAAGUACUUGUCGAAGGACAUCCCGUCAAGAUUACAUCCACCGUAGAUCAGAUGCUCCGACAUCUGCGUCAAGUCCACCGUCCCAUCACUCUGUGGCUCGAUCAGUUAUGUAUCGACCAAGAAUCUAACGCCGACAAAUCCAUACAAGUGCGACUCAUGGGUUCCAUCUACAGCAAAGCAGAGAAUACCAUCAUCUGGCUUGGCGAGAGAUCCGAUCAAGGCGCAUUCCUGGGCCUACAAGUCCUCAGCCAAUCUUUGUUCGCUGCCAAAGACUUCCUGCUCGAUGAAGAUCUUGAACGUUUGCAACGUGAGUCGUUUGGAGAGGGUGUCACUUUUGAUAUGGUGGAGGAGCUGUUCGAGCGGCCUUGGGUACGACGCACAUGGGUCGUUCAGGAAGCCGUGUUGUCUCGAGAUCCGUACUUUAUGGCUGGACAGGAGAUUGUUGCAUGGGGAGAUUUCGCAGGUUAUUGUGUCAGCUUGAAAGAGAUGGACUUGUUUCGCCGAUACGAUGGUAACGGCCAGAUCGGCGCCAUCUCUGGUGCCGAGAUCCUGGCUGACAUGUUCUCGAUGCGGCAAACUUUAGAGACUAGCAAAACCGAUGGUUUACAUUUCCUGUCAUGGUUGACCAACACAAGACAUGCCAGCGUGACAAAUCCUCUGGAUAAGAUCUACGGACUUCUAGGCGUCUGUCCCAUCGCAAUCCAUCCGGACUACACGAAAUCGAAGGAAAUCUUGUACCACGAAACAUUAACAAUGCUGAUCCGGAAGGACUUCAAGCAAGAUCCGAGAGAUGCGCAUAGAUUGAUACGUAGUCUUCUGAGCUGUGUCGAUCAUGAGACAGACGCCCGCGUUGUACCUUCAUGGGUCGCGGAUUGGUCAAAGCCGCGGCGCACUUUCGCCCUGGCGCCCAAUCUCAGCAUACAUCCAUUUUUCCGUGCAGGCACUCAAGUUAGAUGGGAUGAAAUCGCUCUAUCUGCUGAUGGUCGCGUCAUCACAACAUCUGCGCGAUUCUUGGGCGUCGUUUGCCAGGUCUCGGCCUCUCUGCAUCCUGCGGAGCUGCAUUAUGAAGACCCGCAGGGGAGAAAUUCAAGUUUACAGACUUGUGUCAAUUUCAUCAACACAGUUCUCAUGACAUCAGCACAUGGUCUACAGUUUGAAAAUUUCUGCGCCACGAUAGUUGCAGGCAAGGUUGCCUCGAUUGUUUCGCCGGCCCCAUAUCCGCCAGAGUUUAUCGAAAUCAUUAGCCUCCUGUGCGAUGCGACAACAGGCAGGAGCCCUUCGAUGCCCAAUCAAAUCUACACCAAGCGACAGAAGAGCGGACACUUCACCGCCAACAAUCUAGCUCGCCGCCAACCAGGUCGCACAUUCCAGCACCUGCGACGUGCGUACCGCAAUGCAGUUCAGGGGCGAAGGCUUUGUUGGAUACAGACCGGGCACCUGGGUCUCGUGCCCCAACACACCAUGGUCGGCGACCUUGUCGCUGUUCUUCCAGGAUGCAGUGUACCGUUUGUGUUCCGCAAAGAGGGACCUGAUCGCUACUCUCUGGUCGGAGAAUGUUACGUCCAUGAUGUGAUGGAUGGCAAAUUCAUGGAGACGGCGACAGGACCGCUCGAAGAGAUUGCCAUCGUAUGA